AUGGCCGCGGCCUCCUCCCCACCCCGGGCCGAGAGGAAGCGCUGGGGCUGGGGCCGCCUGCCGGGCGCCCGGAGGGGCAGCGCGGGCCUGGCCAAGAAGUCCCCCUUCUCGCUGGAGCUGGCGGAGGACCGCCCGGCGGGGGGCGCGCUCUACGCGCCCGCCGCGCCGCCCGCCGCCGACCUCGGCCCGCGGCUGCCGGUGAGCCUCGACCCGCGCCUGUCCGUCUACAGCGCGCGCCGCCCGCUGCUCGCGCGCUCCCACCUCCAGGGCCGCGUCUACAACUUCCUCGAGCGCCCCACCGGCUGGAAGUGCUUCGCCUACCACUUCGCCGUCUUCCUCAUCGUCCUGGUCUGCCUCAUCUUCAGCGUGCUGUCCACCAUCGAACAGUACGUCGCCCUGGCCACAGGCACCCUCUUCUGGAUGGAGAUUGUCCUGGUCGUGUUCUUUGGGACAGAGUACGUGGUCCGCCUCUGGUCAGCAGGUUGCAGGAGCAAGUACGUGGGCCUCUGGGGGCGGCUGCGCUUCGCCCGGAAGCCCAUUUCCAUCAUCGACCUCAUCGUGGUGGUCGCCUCCAUGGUGGUCCUCUGCGUGGGCUCCAAAGGGCAGGUGUUCGCCACCUCGGCCAUCAGGGGCAUCCGCUUCCUCCAGAUCCUGCGGAUGCUGCACGUCGACCGCCAGGGGGGCACCUGGAGGCUGCUGGGCUCCGUGGUCUUCAUCCACCGCCAGGAGCUGAUCACCACCCUGUACAUCGGCUUCCUGGGCCUCAUCUUCUCCUCCUACUUCGUGUACCUGGCCGAGAAGGACGCCGUGAACGAGUCUGGCCGCGUCGAGUUCGGCAGCUACGCGGACGCCCUGUGGUGGGGAGUGGUCACGGUCACCACCAUUGGCUACGGGGACAAAGUGCCCCAGACGUGGGUCGGGAAGACCAUCGCCUCCUGCUUCUCUGUCUUCGCCAUCUCCUUCUUCGCGCUCCCAGCGGGCAUCCUCGGCUCCGGGUUCGCGCUGAAGGUCCAGCAGAAGCAGAGGCAGAAGCACUUCAACCGGCAGAUCCCGGCGGCGGCCUCGCUCAUCCAGACAGCGUGGAGGUGCUAUGCUGCCGAGAACCCUGACUCGUCCACCUGGAAAAUCUACGUGCGGAAGCCGAUCCGGGGCCACCCUCUGCUCUCCCCCAGUCCCAAGCCCAAGAAGUCUGCCAUGGUAAAGAAAAAGAAGUUCAAACUAGACAGGGACAACGGGGUGAGUGUGGGGGAGAAGACACUCACGGUCCCCCACAUCACGUGCGACCCCGCCUCGGAGGACCGGAGGCUGGACCACUUCUCCGUGGACAGCUACGACAGUGCCGUGAAGAAGAGCCCCGCACUGCUGGAAGUGAGCACGCCCCAGUUCACGAGAACCAACAGCUUUGCCGAGGACCUGGACCUGGAAGGAGAGACACUGCUGGCCCCCAUCACCCACAUCUCACAGCUGCGGGAGCACCAUCGGGCCACCAUCAAGGUCGUCCGGCGCAUGCAGUACUUCGUGGCCAAGAAGAAGUUCCAGCAAGCUCGGAAGCCCUACGACGUGAGGGACGUCAUUGAGCAGUACUCGCAGGGCCAUCUCAACCUCAUGGUGCGCAUCAAAGAGCUGCAGAGAAGGUUGGACCAGUCCAUCGGGAAGCCCUCCCUCUUCAUCUCUGUCUCAGAGAAGAGCAAGGACCGCGGCUGCAACAGCAUCGGUGCGCGCCUGAACCGCGUGGAAGACAAGGUGACACAGCUGGACCGGAGGCUGGUGCUCAUCACGGACAUGCUCCACCAGCUGCUCUCUCUGCACCAGGGUGGCCCCCCGGGCACCCAGGCCCCCGGCGGGGGCGGGGCCCACGUGGCGCAGCUCUGCCGAGGCCCCCUCAACCCCGAGCUCUUCCUGCCCAGCAACGCCUUGCCCACCUACGAACAGCUGACCGUGCCCCGCAGGGGCCCCGACGAGGGGUCCUGACGGGGGCCUGGGGCCUGCGAGGG